CAGGUGCGCCAACUGAAGCAGGCGGUUCCUUUCGCGGUGUGCGGAGCAAACACCGAGCUCGAAGUGCGUGGACGCAAAGUCAAAGGCCGUCUCUAUCCUUGGGGUGUUGUAGAAGUUGAGAAUCCAGAGCAUUGCGACUUCAUCAAGCUGCGGACGAUGUUGAUCACGCACAUGCAGGAUCUGCAGGAGAUCACGCAGCAGGUGCAUUAUGAGAACUACAGAUCCGAGAGGCUGGCAAAGGAGGGACCUGCUGCCGCCAAGANUAAUACACAUGUUGAAGAUAAAACAAGCUCGAUAAGUGACAAAGACAGGAUUCUUCAGGAAAAAGAAGCGGAGCUGAAGCGUAUGCAAGAAAUGAUUGCAGCAAUGCAGGCUAAAAUGCAACAGACGCAAUAAAAGUAUUAUGUUCCUUUAAGUUAGACAUAUCGCAACUCGUUUACUUCAUUCUCGCUCAGAUCUUAGAGCGCUUCUAUUCGAAUAUUUAUGUAUAGUGGUCUUACUUAUAUAGUUGUGACAAGCUGUGAGAGAAAAGUGAGUAUUUUUAUACGAAUCGAGGUUGUUUGAUUACUUUACCGUAAAUAGCAUUAUUCUUACGAAAAUCUCUCGAAUUUGAUCCCUUCAGAUUUUAUGACGUUAUUGACUACCAAGAUAUGUGCUAUAUGUAUUAAAUUAUAGUUACUGUUGCCAUA